ACUCUGAUCUAUAUGAAUAAUACUCACUACUGUUGCUGUUUUAUCUUUCGGGUUCAAGAAAGAAUAGAGGCUGUGUCUCGUGAUAUUUAUUAAACAUUAUCUCACCUUGAGUCAUAUAAAGUCUGAUCUAUAUAAAUUUAAUUUUAUUCGAUUUAAAAAAAAAUCUGUUUUAAUUGCUGGACAAGAAGAAAUGGAUUUUAAGACUCAUGUAGCCGGAGGUCGAAAUGUUUUGUGUUUGUUUGAUGUGGACGGAACUCUGACAAAACCCAGAGAGAAAAUCAACCCUCAGUUGGAUGAAUUUUUCCAGGCGUUGCGACAGAAGGUGAAGAUUGGAGUGGUGGGCGGGUCAGAUUAUUCCAAAAUUGCAGAACAGCUCGGAGAUGGAGAUGAAGUCAUACACAAGUUUGACUACGUCUUUGCUGAAAAUGGAACAGUGCAAUAUAAAGACGGCAAACUUCUCUCCAAACAGGCGAUUCAGAAUCAGUUGGGGGAGGAAUUACUACAGGACCUUAUAAACUUCUGUCUCAGAUACAUGGGGCUUCUCAAACUACCCAAGAAACGAGGGACGUUCAUUGAGUUUCGUAAUGGAAUGCUCAACAUCUCACCCAUUGGACGAAGCUGCACGCUAGAAGAACGAAUCGAGUUCUCUGAAGUUGACAAGAGAGAGAAGAUACGCGAGAAGUUUGUUGCAGCUCUACAGAAGGAGUUUGCAGGGAAAGGACUGCGCUUCACCAGAGGAGGUUUAAUUAGUUUUGACGUGUUUCCGGAGGGUUGGGACAAACGUCUCUGUCUGGACGUCCUGGAGCAGGAAGGUUUGGAUGCCAUCUACUUCUUCGGCAAUGAAACCUCGCUGGGUGGAAAUGAUUACGAGAUAUUUGAGGACCCUCGAACAAUCGGCUUCACCGUUUGUUCUCCUGAGGACACGGCACGACUUUGCAGAGAAAUGUUCUUCAAUGGUCCGCCCAAUGAGGCAUGAUGAUGCCCGCUUCUAUGCACGCGUUCACUAGGACACUCACCUGAGACCUCUACUGGCCACUGGGGGAACUGCAGUCCGCUGCAUUUGUGACAGACCCCGAGAACUGUCAAAGCCAAACCACUACUGAUGAUCAGUUUAAAGGGACUGUAUGUAAAUAUGACUGAUGAUGCUUCCAAACUCGUUACGCCCUAAUCAACUGUCUGUUGAUUAAGUUAAAAAUCCUGAAAAGUCUUUCCAUUGCUGAAAGAGAUGAGAGAAUGUGAUUUAAAAAGUGUUAAUAAAUAGGCGUGACACGAUAAAUCGACGAACAAUAAAUCUCUUUAAUUUUAAAAAUGAGUUUUAGUCCUAACCAGCUGUGAAUGCAACAAGCAUUUUACAAGCCAUUUUGUUGCAGAAAUGUAGUGUGUUCCAAAUCAUAGUACGUUGAAAAUAGUAUUUCAUAUGCAUUAAGCGUGCAUCAGUGCGUUUUUUUGGCUAAUUAUUGCCCACAAAACCUUGUGCAAUGGAAGAGGAGUUUUUCUAAUAACUUCUGAAGUAUUAUUGUUGCUUUUUUUUAAUGUAUGAACCUAAAGGCCAAAAUAUACUUCUGGUGUGCGCAUUGCGGAUCGCUCCGCGCACAGUAUGUGUGACGCAGAAAUACGUCAUCGGCACAGCCAAGUGGCUAUGCUGAUGCAUUCGCCUGCUUUUGAGUGCACUAAAAGAGUAUCACAAAGAAGUUGUAGUGGUAUACUCACAAAGGCGAUGCGGUCGACCAGGGGCUAGCUGAUCCAGAACAUGCAAAAACGAAGUAUACCUGGGCCUUAAGAGUCAAGUUAUAAUGCUUUUUAAAACAAUUCAUUUUUCUAGAUAUUAAUAAUAAUAAUACUAAUAUUACAUUUUUAUAUAGCACCUUUAAAGGUAGCUUCUCAAGGUGCUUUACAUAUCAGUUCAUUAAUAUACUGUAGUGCUGUUAUUGAGCCCGUUUACAUGCACAGCAAUAUGCAGAAAAUGUCCAAAAUCCGCUCAUUAAAAAAUUAGUCAAAGCAUGAAUACCGCAUUUACAUGAGACAUGAAAUAACAGUUAUUCUCUGUUUUUGACAUCAAACCGUGAAGAGAAUGACGUGUUCGUGUGCCCAUCUUACUAUAUAUUAAGAAAGCAUCAACCUUACGGUUGUCGGUGAACUACACAGUUUAAAUGCGUAAUUUAAAGUGCUGUUCACACUGACAGCGAUUUGCAGCCAAAAAGCGACCGUAGUUAUUUCGUUUUCAGUGAGAACUGAUUUGAGCGAUCCCUGCUGGUUAGGAAGAGAGAUUUUAUCGCUUGUCACUCUGUUGUGUCACAUCUGAUUUGGUCGCGGUGUAAAAGUGUGUUUAGAUGUGAUAUUCACCUGUCAAUCAUUCCAGAAAUAUUCCUCUGUGACACUCCACUGGAUCUCUGAAGCCGUGAUGAACUGAUCCGAAAGAAAAGUGUUUCUAAUCAGUUUGGUCUAAUUCUAAUAGGAAUGUUAAUGUAUCAGUGUUCAAUAUCUGAUGGCAUAAAUGCACUUUAACUCUGAUUCAUAUCAUUGUGAUAAUGACACUAAAUGAACCAGUGCAGGAGUGAAUCCAAUCGCAUUUAGUUUUCCUGCUCAUUUCACAGUUUGUUUUGCUGGAACGGUUUGAAUUUUGACGAGCAAGCAAACAAAACACAUUUUUUAUGGCUCCUUUAUCAAUUAAAGGCAGUGGCGGAUUUAGGCAUGGGCGACAUGGGCAGUUGCCCAGGGCGGCAUCUUGUGGGGGGGGCGGCCUGAGGCACGAGGGGGUGGCACCCCAAACCCCCCAACCCCCCCCGGUCAACAACAACUUAGGGGGCGUGAUGAAGCGAGUUUCGCCCAUACAAGCUAGAACCGCUACUGAUUAAAGGAUAUUGUUUUUGUUACACUUUAGUAAAGAAUAAAACGUUUUUACACUCCUGACACUGGAAAAAAAAUGAAACAAAUGCAAGAUUCUUGUUGCAGUAUGCAUUGUUUGUUAUUCAUAAAUAUUUUUAGUAAACUGUAA